AUGGCUCCGUGCGAAUUUUCGGCGCCCUAUGUCGAACCUGCGAGCACCGAUGUGGAAGUCAGUUUAUUUUUUCACAUACAUUAUUUGCGUGCGAAAACAUAAAUUUAAAAUCUCAAAGAAAUACUUUUGGAUUUCUUUAGGUCCGUAUCAAAGAGUUAUUGGACUAUUAUGCUGUGGAAGAUGCCCUGCUCUUAGCAGAAGUUUAUCAUUUGAAAGGUAAAAUUCAAUUUUCUAUAAGGCUGUUUCAAUGGAAGAUCGGUUUAGUAAGAUCGGAAGAAUCUUUGCUAGUGUAUACAGAUUGCUUGAUGCGCGCCAAUCGUGCAGAAGAGGUAACGUCGAAUUUCUCGGUUUUUAGCUUGUUUUUUUUUCAGGUUUUUGGUUUACUCUAUCCAAAAUCUUUGGAGAAUCCUCGGAUAAGAUAUGUAUUUGCGAAAUGUUGUUUUCAAUUGAACAAGUGAGCUUUACUCUAAAGUUUCCAACAAAUAGAAGCGUUUUUAAGGUUGGAAGAGUGUCAGACAGCCUUGGUAGAUGCUCAAACUGGCAGCAUGUUCGAGUCUCUCGUCAAUUCACCGGCAGCACCGUAUGCUCACGUGCUUCUGGCGACUUUGUUAUGGUCUUUCUGUCGAUUCGAAGUCUUUUUUUUCACGUGAAACCAAUUUAGUGACACUGGACGCGUUGAAGAAGCGAAGGAAGAAUGUAAAAAAUGUGUAAAGAUCAACGUGCUUUUCUGGUCUGGCGUCAACAAUUACAUCACCUACGGUGGCAGAAAGUUAGAAAGACUUAUCAGAAAACAAAAAGAAAACGUCAUGACUGGAUGGUGAAUUUUUUUUUCUUUCACAUUUCACACCCAUUCGGAGAUGGCUCCUAAGCCCUCUCAGCAUUUUUUUUUUCAGUGCAAGUGAAUUUUCGGAUGAAGAAGAAGACACAGCGGAGGAAGACGGACCAUAUGACGACGAGGACGAUUCCUUUUCCAAUCCGGAACCCCUAAAAAGUAGCGUCGACACGAAAGUUCGACGGUCCCUGAGAAGCCAUACCUCUAAGGUAUUUUUUUCUUCAAACUAAAAAAAUAUACUUGGUGUCCUCACGUCUGAUUGACUUUCACAGAUAUCAGUAACAAAAGAAAUACAAUGUAUUGCAAAAGAUAUUAAAUUUUUUUUUUCAAUUAGGGAUUAUGUACCUUGAAGUUCAAGAAAAAUCGAAUUAAUUUGAUUCAUCAGAAGUAUGCGAAAAUUUGGUUCCCGAAGAUUCAGAAUAAUGUUUAUAGCAUUCGUUUAAAAGCUGAGGAUUUGAAUCGGCAUUCGAAAUACUAUCUCGAACGGAGUGUUAUUGACAAUCCUGUGUUCAAAAGUUCUUAUGGCAUAACUUUCGUUAUUUUAAAGCCUUUUUCCUUGAAACGGCUUCUUUCCCUCAAACUAAAAUUUUCAUAUUUACCCACCUUUUUUUAUUAAACUCAGCCAGGGUAAUAGUAGUUUCCGGAUUUUGAAAAAAUCUUGUUUUCCGUUUUUUGUUUCUGCCUAAAUAAUAAUUCCCAUAUUCAGGAAUUUGAGAAAAAUUUAGUCAGUUGCCAUUGAUUUCGUUUUUUUCAUCUAGUUGGAUUAUUUAAUAAUUUUGAUAGUUUAGUUUUGUGAAAAACUUUUUUGCGCCUGAGCCUUACGGCGUAUUCCAGACAUUUUUCUAAGACGAAGUUAUUUUUCCAGGACUUGAAAAGUUCAGUAGUACGAUAUGGUUGCUGCGCGUGAAUUGAUAUUUUCUAUAAUUCACUUCAAUGAAAGAUUUUUCAGUCAAAUGCAACCCCAGCAGCGGCUCCUGCGCGGAAAGCUGUUCGUCCUGUGGACAAACGGACGCCUGCGUCUUCUGUUGUGCCGAGUCAGCCCGUGGCGCCUCGCAAACCACGCAGCAGCGAGGUAUCUUUCCCUUGUUUCAAAUAUUAUUUUUUCAAUCGCAAAAAUGAUCUUUUACGAUAAUUUAGCAGUAAGGCCUAACUUUUUUAACGAAACAUUUAUAUUUUUAUUGUUUUUGACGCGAUCAUUCGAAGUGAUUCAACCAUAAAUCGGCUGGAUCCCACCACAGCCUUUUGCGAGCGAAAAAAACUGAAAAUGUACUGAAAUAGGCCUUAGCUUUUGUAGACUUCGAAAAAAAAAGUAGAAAAAGUAUUUCCUUUGAUUUUCUUUAUUCGAGCAGCGUCUACUGCUCUCUAACCGUAUCAUACUAAGCAGCAUUUUUAGGAAACUCUUUUUUUUUUCUAAUCAAUUUCGCCAAGGUUGGUGAUUCAGGCGGAGCCAAGGUCGAUGGCAACACGCGCCGCCUCUCAAAGACUCAUGUUCAACAGCGACACGGAGAACUUUAACGGCGCCGCUGUACGAAGCCGUGCGGGCGCUGCCGGGACACGAAAUGCUUCCCGAGUAGAUCGAGUGAGUUGUUAUAAAUCUCAAUUUACAGCAAAUCUAUUUCAUUUUCCGUCAACUAACUAAGAAACUCUAGUGUGGUCUACAUAGGGGCAACCUUAGGGCACACUGAAGCUGGCAAAAGUGGCCCAUAUAUGUAUCAAACCCUAAAGCUCUAUAAGGACCACCUUGACUUUACCCCUGUUGGGACCACUUUUUCGGUCCCUAUUGGGCAGUUUCUCUCCCUAAUUCCAAUAGGAACCACUCAAAAAUUCCUAAGAAAGUCUUCUUUGAACUAAGACCGAAAUUGCUUUGUAGAGUCAAAAUGUCCGAUCAACUACAAAAACCGAUUCUUCGCGACUUACUUCUUCUCGGUAACUUUGGUUCUCAAAGCUUAACCAGCAAGUUGUUCAUUUUGAAGAAAGGUGACAAAGCCGCUUAGUUCAAGAAACUCCAAUCUCGCUCGAAGUCUUUCUGGAUCCGCUAACUCGGUAUAAACGCUUCUUUUUUUCUAAAGUAAUAUCGAAAUUAAGGUGUCAUCUAUCUCGUCAAACGCUAAAAUAACGGAUGAAAAAGAUAGGGGAAAAGAAAAAGCUCUCGAAAUCGGACAAGUUGCCGCCGAGGAUGAAAAGAAGCGUCUAACAGAAGAGGAAGAAGCUCAGAAAAAGAUCGUCGUACCCAUUUAUAGCAAAGUCUACAGUUAGUUCUUGCUAGUUUUUUCUCUCUUUUACUUACAUCAAUAAAAAUCACUUGAUUCUAGUAUUAUCGACAAUUUUUCUUGCAGUAGUGGGAAAAGACUACAAGAGACUCUUCUAUUUAAAUUUCGGAUUAAUGAAAAAAAAAACCCCCCAUUAAACCCUUUUCAGCAAAAAAAAUCCACUUUUGACAGGAUAGUUUCAGGAAAUAUCUUCAAAAUAAUAUCCUCACUGGCGAUGAUUGAAGCGGCAGCGGCCCGAUAUAACUGGAAAGCUGUUGCUCGUAUUUUUCGUGAGUUUCAUUCCGAACUUACAAGAAUUGGCUCAUUUUGAAAUGUUCUCUAAGAGAAAGGCGAUUCUUGAGAAGGUGUUCGGAAGGUAACCAUUUGUUAUUUGGAAGGGGAAUGGAAGCUAGAAGCUAUUGAGAAGGCCUUGGUAAAGUGUUCAGAAGGUAGCUGGUAGGAAAAGAGUUGAAAAAAAAAGCCGUGUACGAGUUGAGAAUUGAGAUUUUCUGCGUUUUAUAGGCCUAGGUAAGAAUACUCGGGAACAGAAAUGAAGUUCUACGAAACCACACAGGCAAUUAAAUUUUGGCUUUUGCAUUAUAAAUUGGAAAUUAUAUCUCAACUUUUCGUAGUCUUCCAACACUUUGAAUUAAACCGUGUAUUAUAUACGUUUGAAGGUUUUGAAGUCCUUCUGGAAAAUUUUGUCAUAUAUUCCCGAUGUUGAUGAUUUAUUCGAUUUGAAGUUUUGAAAUUUCUAAAAAGGAUCCGAAGAAUAAAAAAGGAAGGUAUAAUAAUAAUUUAUUCAUCCACAAGAUGAAAAUAAUAAAUAAGACUUGGGACCGGUUUAAGGUCACCCUCACGAGUGAUAUUACCGGAUAGGGUAUACAAUAGAUAAUCACAGUUGAUAAAAGUACACGUAUAAGCAUUUUGAGAGUUUUUGAGAAAAUUUAUAGUAGCCAUCUAGGGAUGCUGACGAGGAAUUCAUUGUCGGCGAUGUUGUCCAGAUGAGAUUUGAAAAUUUUAGUAGGGACAGAGACGUUGAAUCUAUAAACGGUAUGAGCAUUCUAGUACUUUUAGUAUCUAUUGCUUUUAAUUGGAAAGAGGGGAAUUUUCAGAAAAGCUCGACCGAAGUGUCCUGAAAGAACUUCCAUUGGCUCGGCUAAUGCACGCAAGAGCCUGCUUCGAACAAUGCGAAUACAGCGAAGCUAAAGAACUUCUGUUGGCUCUGCACAAAGAACAGCCGUACCGUGUCGAGGUGAGAGCACCUUUCCUCUGAACCAAGUGAUGCCUUAAGGGCAUGGAAUUGUUGUCGACCGCUCUAUGGCACCUCCAGGACUCCCAGACUCUGUCGACUCUCGCGCAGGCACUCACCACCGAGUCUCGAGAUCGGCCGCAGUCUUGGUGCGCCGCCGGAAACUGUUUUUCCCUUCAAAGACAGGUUUGUGGAAUUUAGUUGAAAUAUGUAUAUAAAAAAGCUUGGGGCGUGCCGUAGCGCAACAGGUUGUGUGCCUGUCUACGAUCCACAGGGUCACAAGUUCGAUCCCCGCCCCAACCCAACCAAGGGGUUUAAGAAAUGUUGGUAAUGGGAAACCACGGGUUCAAAAUCCCCAGCAAUCACACACAAGGACGGAUAUGUCACUGGAGCCAGUCCACUGAUAAAGAAAUAUCAGGAUAGGACCUCGGCUAAUCGACUUGGGGCGCCGACGCCGCUCAAGCGGUACAAAGGCGUAGGAAGAAGAAGAAGAAGAUGUAUAUAAAAAAGCUUAUUUAGUUUGAGAGAAAUUUAGCUCUGUUCCAGAAAACCUUCCACUUUUUUCAUUGAGCUUGCCAUUUCGCAACUUCCAAAAGGAGUGUAGAACAAAAGCGCCAUUUAAAUUUAACGUUAGUCCGCAAUGCGCUGUCGCGUGUAUGCAGGCGUCGCUUUUUUUUUCUCCCAAUAGUUCAAUAUUGACAGAUUUCACGAAGAUUAUUCGAGUAGUUUAUAAAUAUUUUUUUUACACAAUUGAUAAAAAAAGAGAAAAAAAAAGAAAAAAGUUUGAAAUCAUGGCGCAAAACGUCUUGGCACAAAUGGAUUUGGCGUCUGCAUACACGCGUUUGCGAAAUGGCACCCUUAUCCUUCACUCUUUAAAAAACAGAGAAAAAAAAACUGAAAGUUGCCACAAAGAACCUUGGUCCCCUGAAGAACUCAGUUGCAGCACACGCAAGCGAUAGAGUGCAUGGAAAGGGCGUUGCAACUCGACAGCAGAUUCGCCUAUGCUCACACCCUUCUCGGGCACGAGCUCAUCGUCCAGGAGGAGCUCGACCGUGCCGCCUCUGCUUUUCGGUUCGAUAUCACUUUUUAGAGAGAGUAAAAAAAUGCGUUGCUGCAGGUCCGCCUUGACUCUCGCUCCACGUGACUAUCGAGCUCUUCAUGGCUUGGGACUGGUUCAUCUCAAGAAGGAACAGAACGCCCUGGCGCAGGUUUGUCAAGGCCUACUCAAUCAGUUACCUCAAGCUUUGGGAAUAAAAUGGUUAAAUUUCAUUUACAGUAGCGGAAAUGGGUGAAUUCUUUUUUUCGGUUUUUCGUCUGUAACUUUGUCAGAAAACAAUCAUUUUGACUUUGAAUUUCAACCAAUUAGUUAUUUUUUGCUUCUUUGAAAUUUCAGGUCAAAAAAAUAUUUUUCAACAAAGUUAUGAACGAAAAACCGAAAAACAGGAGGGUUUUGAAACAUAUAAAAAUGUGAAACUCGACAAAAACUAGAUAUGUUAACCACUAUUUUUCGCAAAGUUUUGAAAUAGCAUUUUUGCUUCAAAUGUGGAAAGUAUGCUUUCGUUUGCGUUUCGAAUAUUGAAUAGAAACCUUUUUAACCUUUUAGAUCGAUAUUUGUGUGUUUGACUGUGGGUUUUCAGUGCAACAUGGCGAAGGCCGUACGGAUCAACCCAACCAAUCGGGCAAUGCUUUGCACUCUGUCCCAGGUUGAAAUGAUGCUGAAAAAGCCGCAACGCGCCAUGGAACUUGUAGAUCGGGUAUAUCUUCAAUUAUUUUUUCUCGAACCUUCAAACUUUUUUUAUUGUGACAAGGCAAUUUUACAUUUUUUUUUUCCACUUUUUUUUCAAGAUGAAGAAGAAAAAUAAGAAAUAAAAACAUAAAAACCAAAAAGAAGAUAGACUUUUAUGAAAAAGACUUCUAGCCGAACUUAUUUUCUUGACGGGAUCUGGUUUGCAGGCUCUGUCCCUGAAGCCGACGGACGUCGCUUCGAGAUUCAACCGGGCCAGGCUCCUUUUCGAGGGAAAACACAACGAAGAGUGUUUAGCGGAGCUCGAGAAACUCAAGGCUUCUUCCCCAGAUGAAGCCUUCGUCUUCCAUCUCCUUGGUAUCAAUUUUCAUUCAUUCGUUGUCUUCUCAGUUUUUCCCGAGAGGGACAGUUUUUAUAAAUUCUCUGUAAGGUCUUUCGAUAUUUAUUUAGAACCGUCCGCCAGUUAUAUAGGUCUCAUAACACGUUUCUAAUAGAAAAACUUUCUAUGUGACUUUUUGGUCUAGGGACUACUGUAAAUUACAUUUUAAGACAAAAAAAAAUUUGAGAAAGUUCAAACUGAAGCAACGGAGUCAUUUUACACAAUUGAUCGCCUUGUGCAGUACCAGGAGGAACUUUGAUGUUAAGUAACUCCUCUGUUUCAAUUAAGAGUCUGAUCGUGGGGGAUAUAGUUCAACUUUUUUUAUAUUUCCCAAAAGCCGAAAUGGAUAGCACUGAGAAAAAUUAUUCAACUUUUUUAAUUCAUAAGAAUCGUUGCAGCAAAAGUUCAUCGGAGACUGGGAAACCCACAUCAGGCGCUUCUCAACUUCAGCUGGGCGGCAGAGCUCGAUCCAAGAGGAGAUCAAGGCGUUUCCGGAACAGUUGCGACGCAGAUGCGUGAAGAGUAUGAGGACGACGAGUACAGUUCCUCAUGA